AUGGUGAAAAAAAAUUUGAAAGGAAGGGGAGACAAACUAUCAGCUAACGCUCCACUUGAUAACCAAUUGGAAGCGGGAAAUGUAGCAAAACAGAGGGAAGAGCUUCGUGAGAAACAGAAAAGAAAAAGAGCAGAAUCUGAAACCGAUGAGUUCGUCCCGGAUUCGCUAUCAUCAAAAAUUCUUAACGAGGCAAGGAAACAGCUUCUGGAAGAAGCUAUAGAUGAACAAGGCGCAGCCGAUACUUCAAGAGUUUCGAAGAGACAACGCGGAAGUUGGCUCGGAGAUGAUGAUGAGAAAUCUAAUGAUGAAGACGAUGACGAGGAGGAAGAUGACAAUGGAUUUGAAGAUCAGAUCAUUGAGCUCGAUCCACAAGAUGAAGCAGACUUGGCGAGGUUCCUCAAGAAAGAUGCCGCUCAAAUUUCCACUCUCUAUGACAUUAUCCAAGCCAAAAUCGAAGCGAAGCAGAACGAUGCCGAAUUAGCUCUCAGUCAAGUUGAUCCAAACGAGUUCAAUAUGCGGGAUAUGGAUCCAGAAGUUGUUGAAAUGUAUGAGCAGAUUGGUCAGUACAUGUCAAAAUAUCGCAGUGGAAAGGUGCCGAAAGCUUUCAAAAUCAUUCCAAAAAUGAUCAAUUGGGAACAGAUUCUUUUCCUCACAAAGCCCGAAACUUGGACUGCAGCUGCUAUGUACCAAGCCACACGACUAUUCGCUUCCAACAUGAAUCCAAAAAUGUGUCAGAGAUUCUACACGCUGGUCCUUCUCCCCCGACUCCGAGAUGAUAUUGAUGAGUUCAAAAAAUUGAACUACCAUCUUUAUCAAGCUCUCUGUAAAGCUAUUUACAAGCCAGCAGCGUUUUUCAAAGGACUUAUUCUUCCAUUGUUGGAGUCUGGAACCUGUACACUCCGUGAAGCGGUCAUCUUCAGUUCGGUGCUCACAAAAGUGCCUAUUCCUAUUUUCCACUCAGCUGCCGCUAUGCUCAGAAUUGCGGAGAUGGAAUACACUGGCGCCAAUUCUGUCUUUCUUCGUGCACUCAUUGACAAGAAGUAUGCGCUUCCGUAUCGUGCAGUCGAUGGUGUCGUCAAUCAUUUCAUCCGUCUGAAAAACGACGAGCGAGACAUGCCCGUCUUGUGGCAUCAGUGCCUUUUGGCAUUAUGUCAAAGAUACAAGAAUGAUCUGAAUGCCGAACAGAAAGCCGCCAUUCAUGAGCUUAUCAGAUUCCAUGGUCACUAUCUCAUCUCGCCGGAAGUUCGCCGCGAACUUGAAUCAAAGGAAACAGAAGACGGUCAUGUCAUCACAUCCGUGGUUGUUGAAGGACGAAAGAUGGAUAGUAUGGAAUUCUAA